AUGCAUAUAUUGGGAGCUAGUCUACAAGUAGUAUCCCUAUCUCCACCUCUCUCACAAGUCAUAUUCACUCCAUUCUGUACAACCCUCAUGACAUACAAAUAUAUAGACCAUAGCUAUCACUCUCCAACCUCUUCAUUCUCCCAAGUGAUUAAAAGGAACUAUCAAGAAUACACUCCAAAAGACCUCCCUCAGUUUUGCUUCUCUUCAAUCCCCAGACUUGUCAAUCUCCCCUCUUCUUUCUUUCUUUUGUAACCUUUUUCUGGCAACCCAAAAACAACACACACCAAAAACACACACUCAUGAAUAUAAACGUUAUUGUAUCCAUUUUCAUUUUAACACUUCUGUUUCACCAGUCAGUUGCCGGUUUACUCGCAGAACCGGCCCAACCCAUCAAACUGGGAGACUACCAAUCACCCAACACAGUCCCUGCAUUCCCGGUCCAAACCGAAGCCCAAACUUGCCGGCUCGACCUCUCCGCCGAGUUAUUCGGCGGCGUCAACGCAGCAUGCGGACGUAACCUUGACCGUAGCCGCUGCUGUCCAGUUCUAGCCGCGUGGCUCUUCGCAGCUCACGCUAGGUCGGCUCUACAAAUAACAACAGCGGCUCCUGUUUCUUCGGACCUUCCCAUGAUGCCUGAUGACUCACAGAAAUGUGUUAAUACGUUACAGUCCUCGUUACUGGACCGUAAAAUUCACAUUCCGCAGCCUAAUAAUUCGUGCGACGCCGUUUUGUGCUUCUGUGGCAUUAGGCUUCAUCAGAUUAGCUCACUUACUUGUACGGCGGCGUUUAAUAUUUCUGGUACGAGCCGUAAUGCCACUCCGACGGCUGCCGUUAAAAAUUUGGAGCAUAAUUGCCGGAAUUCUUCUUACGCCGGCUGUACAAAGUGUCUUGGUGCCUUGCAGAAGCUAAAAGGUGAUGGGAAAAACGGGACUUCACGGCACCACCCGGACGAGGACAGUGACGGUAACGGCGACAGAGCAAGAAAAAUGUUAAACCGGGACUGCCAGCUCAUGGGGCUGACGUGGCUACUCGCCAGGAACAAAACUGCGUACAUUCCGACAGUCUCGGCCGUAUUGCGCGCCAUAAUGUACAGUGCGCACCCACACGAGUCCAAGUGCAGCCCUGACCAGGAGAACAUGCCCCUAGCCGUGGACUCGCUCCAGUUGGACAAGUCAUACGCUUCUUCCUCUACGUCGUCGUUUCAGCAUCCAAUAAUGUUACGUACUGUAGUUCCCGUUUUAGCCUUGUUGAUUUUAUCUUAUCUCCUUGUCUAGAAUCAGCUUUGGCCCGCUGGUUUACCAGGCUUUUUGAACGUAGCCCCCUUGGUCACUGCCAUUUUAGUGUUGUCGGGGUUUGGUUUUGGUUCAGGUUCACGUGAAGCUAAAUGACAAGAGGGGAAUAGCCUGGACUCUCCUGUGGAGCCAGAGGGGUCAUUUUUGUCUUUCGCUCUACUGUAUGUAUAUUUUAUUACUCGAUUAGACUUGUUUACAUAUGGAGUACUCGACAAGUCUUUACCUGCC